AUGUUCCUUGGUUUCUUGCCUUUUGCGUGUCUUAUCGGUGUCGUAUUUUCAAAGCCGCAGGAUCCGACCUUACGAGCUCAUGACAGAAAAUUGAAUGACCCCUUGGUGGGACUGGAUGAACUUACUUCGGGUCACUCUCCCUCCACAACUCGAAAGGAGGGUGAGAAACUUUUGGCUCAACUGGUUGAUAAAAUGGACUUGGACAAUGAUGGAUUUAUCUCAGAAGAUGAAAUGAGAAUGUGGUUGAAAAGUGUGGCAUCUAAAUACGUUGAUCAGGAUGUCAGUAGAACAUUUGAUGAGUAUCGCAAUGAAUUCAAGACGGACUAUGUUACUUUUGAGCAACACAAAAAUAAAACAUCUGACGACUAUGAGGAAGAUGGAGAAUCGGAUGAUGGCGAGCUUCAACAAACUCUUGUUCGUGAUAAAAGGCGUUUUGAGAAGGCUGAUGCAGAUGGUGAUGGGAAGCUUACAAAGGAAGAGUUUGCAGCCUUUCUGCAUCCAGAAGAAUUUGAACACAUGAGAGAUAUUGUGAUCGCCGAAACUCUUGAAGAUCUUGAUUCAAAUAAAGACGGUCUUAUCGAUUUGGAGGAAUAUACCAGAGACAUGUGGGUUGAUGAUUCUCAGUCUCCUCCAGAAUGGGUAAGGACGGAGCAGCAGCAGUUUAGGGAGGCUCGCGAUAAAAAUAAGGAUGGUUUCCUCGAUCGUGAGGAAGUUUAUGCCUGGCUUUUCCCUGCUGACUAUGAUCACAUCGAAUCCGAACUGAAGCACCUCAUGUCGGAGACUGACGAUGACCAGGAUGGAAAGUUGUCAAAGGAUGAAAUAUUGUCGCACUAUCACGUGUUCGUUGGAAGCCAAGCGACAGAUUUUGGGCAGGCUCUCUAUUCCCACGACGAACUGUGA